AUGAAGAAUGACGACGAGAACAUCGUGGUGAACGUGUAUCGCCACGACCACGCGAACGAGAACGUCGUGGCGAGCGCGUGGCACCACGACCGUGAGAAAGAGAAUGGUGUCGCCAGCGUGACGCUCCACGAUUAA